AUGAAGAUCACAAGCCUCGUCAUACUCGGCCUCCUUGCCCUGGUCCAGGGCACCCCCUUAGGGCCCUACAGCAACAGCCGCGAGAUCACGGACCCGGCAACCCUACGCGACCUCAGGGCCCGCCAGGCAUCAGCGAUGGAGCAGAUCCGCAACGGCACGGCGUACUACCCAGCCAGGGACACUACCCACCCGGAGCUCCAGGGCCGCAACCCCCUGCUCGCACUGGCGGGCAUCAUGAUCCUGCGCAUUGUCGGUAACGCCGCCAGCGACGUCCUGAGAGGUCUGGAAAAAGUAUUCGGCGAGGACGACAGCGACGAGAUCUGGAACAACCCUGACUACUGCCGAAUAAUGUACCAGACACAGGGCGGCGGCAACUGCCAGACCAACACUAUUCUCAAGGGCAGGGCCGAGGGCUCGGAGCCGCCGGUCACAUACUUCCAAGACCAAGGCAUAGGAAAGUAUAGUAUAAGAUGGACCGCCACGGACUCGUACGCCUGGGGAAACAGCUCAAAGUGCGAAACGGAGGGUAUAUGCAAGCCUCAACUGACUUUCUACCGCGACAAAUACGACAUCGUCUUGAACACGUGGGAGUCCCAGGGCGAAGUCAGCGCGUGCCAGUACUCGCACGGGGAGGACUGCAAGGGACUUUGCAGCGACGGCGUCACCGACCAGUUCAGCUCGGGAGGCAACAAAUGGGGGGGCCAAUGCGCUAUUCCGUGCGAGGGGGAUAGCAGGCUGCCUACAUGA